CUCCAGGUUCUUUUUCGGAAACCCCGAUAAGAAAUUCCUCUCCUGUUUUCGAAAAAGAAGCAAGCCGCACGACCCAAAUCGUGCUGCUCUGUCUUCUUUCGACCACCGUGAGACACAGCACUCGUUGAGUUUUACACUAAUCAAACCCUUUGUAAUUCAACUAUCAAACGCUCUCUCAACUCACAACUCCAAAACAAAUUUUCAAUUUUCCUCUUUCAUCACUUCCAAAACAAAAUCCAACUCAAGCAACCCAACAUGGCACGGCGUCCCAAGCUUGGCAGCAAGAAGCACCCGUUUCUGCCCUGUUUGCGGCGACGAACGGCGGGAUUUUUAACGGCCUUGUACCACACGGCGCCCUUGAUUGCGGACAUGAGCCCCGUGUGGGUCUUCUGUGUUGUCAAUGGCUUCUUCGCAGAGGGUAUGCCUGGGGGAAAGAGUUGCGUUUUUGCGAAAUAAGAUCUGUCUCUCUCAUAUAUAACAGCCCUGGGGCGGUGCUUUUAAAGUUUCAUGAUCGACGUGCAUGUUUUUUUUUAGCUGUGGAAUUGCUGCCCGAAAUGUAGUGGUCUUGCGGUGUUAGAAAGCGACUUUCUCGUAAAUUGGCAUGCGGUAGUCAACUAUCGACGACAGAUUCCUGCUGUGCAAAGAUUUGGUUCUUUCCCCUCCCAUACUUCGCAUACAACGGCCACGGGAGCGCGGCUUCCUGGCCCGUCGGGAUUACAGCCCAGAGGGGAUGGGAAGCUUGUUAUCGAGUGCAAAUAGGUCUAGGUCGGGAAAGUUGGCAUACAGGUUGGUCGCUUGCUGAAGAUGGGCAGACUGCUUACAAUAGGCAGCCAAGUAUGUGAUGAAACAACUUUGUGCGAGUUUUCUUAUUGCGCAUCCUGCUGCAUAAAGGAAACUUUUUGAUUUUGCAAUAGUAACUGCAAAUAGCAAAAAGUGCUAUUUGUCCUGCGCAACAUGCAUCAGGCCAGGCAUGCAUUACAACUGUUGCAAUCUUCCAGACCAAGACACAUUUGCUAGUGAUACUUUUGGCACCUUUUUUUCGGCGACUCGGAGGUACUUACUUUGAGGGAACCUUUGAUGCAAGCGAUUACACGUGUAGCACAAAAUCCUGAUGUAGUGAGUGAUAUUUCGAUUUACAGGCUUUGAACUGUUGUAUGCAGACUGGAUUAGGGUUGUAAUUGUGAAUGAAGUUGGCAUAAAAACAGACCACGCGUCAUUCGGAGGACGGAAAGGAUCAUCCGCGGGCGGAAGCUGCACUUACGAAAGCGAGACUUUGAGUCAGAGUGAAAUGAUUUGUGAUGCGAAAAUGAAAGAAAUUCCUCUUGCAUAUGAAUCGUUUUUUGCAAGACAAAUCACACCUCAGACUCGAGUUUUUUUCGACAUGCAUAAACCCUGACAGCAUGGUCCGGGAGGCCGGUACGAAUUGUGCGAAGGAGGGCAUGGAGGAGGCUGGCGGAUGUGCGGAUGGACACGAGUCGGAAUCAAUGAUGUUCUUGGAGAAAGCAGAGCCUGACAAAAAUCAAAAUGCCCAGGAUCCUUAUGAAAGCACAAAAAGCAACAUGUUCGUGAGCUUUGUCUGGGAUUCGAGAGAUCGAUUCGCUUGAUUCGAAUCUUCUACGGUUAUUCUGAGGCGAUGCGAUAUUGAAACUGCACACUGCGAACCGAAAGCCUGCAGUGCUGCAUCAGGCAGCAAGAUAGUUGUAUGUAAAGGAAAUCAUAAAAGUAGCAAAGAAGCGAGCGAAGCUUUAUUUCUUUCUUGUGCAUAUAGGCGGAACAGAGGGCACCCCGGCGCAGCCAGAUAAGAAUCUGCACUCCGGCAGUUCCAAGGAAGAAGGGAAAGCCAAAAAGGCUGACGUACCAAAAAUUGUAGUUACAGAACCUCCAACUCCAACAUCCAAGGAGCAGAAGAAAAGCGGCGUCCCCGCAAAACCAAUCGCAUCUCCAGAUAGGCACGACCGCCUCGCAGUUGUACCUUCGCCAACCACACAAAGUCGAGAUCAAGCUGCCGCUGCAGCCAAGGGAACCAAAUACCUACAACCACCCAAGCCUGCCGACCAUGUUAAUCCGCACGUCGAACCCGGCUCUGAAAACAAGCGCGAGAUGAAAGAGUACGGGGCACUGCACGCGCUCAAUGUGGCGUCUGCUCCGCCGUUGGCACAAAGCGCUGAAGCACGACUUGUCGCACCGGUAGAAGGAGAAAGUCGUGGGUCUACGUCUCCUGAAGCUUGCUUUUUGAGUAAAAGAAAUUCGGAGGCACACAGCGCUUUGCUGGACAAAUUGAACCGCCUCCACGCAGCGGCUUUUGGUGUUGAAGAGACGCAACACGUUGGGAAGCCCGAUCACCAUGCGCCAAAGUUGGGUGACAAUGUCAAGGCGGCUUGGGGUGAAACAAUCUGCAAAACCCCCAACUCGGAAACGCAGACUCUUCCGCAUGAAGAUCUGAAAGGCGUCGGGGAGGUUGCGAAAGAAAUCUUUUACACCGCAUUGCUACAGGAGUAUCAGAAACACCUGAUGCUAACACAAACGCCCGAUUCAGGUCAGGCAGGCGCGGAGAAUGUCGUGAGAAGGAAGCAGGCUAGCUGCGCUGUCCCGAUCGUCGCUGUCGUGCCGCAAAAGAAGGUCGACGCGGAUUGGCAAUUUCACAUUGUCCUUGGCUCGGCUGCGGAGAGAGUAUUGGACGAAAAUGAGUUUCGUAAGCAGCAACACACCCACGGCACGGGGUAUAGCUUUUUGGAACACCUGCACUUCUGUGUUGAGAUCAUGGGCACUCUGAAAAUCGGACAUCCGCUCGAGCAAGGUCAGAUCAGCUACGGAGAACAUGCGGGUGAAGUUCGAAUUCUAGAGCUGCAUCGCGGGGAGACAUUGCAAGACGUGCCUGCACAGAACAAUCAUGCAGCUUUCGCAACUGUUGCGGGUAGACUUCUGCUAGGCGAGGCGAAGCCACUGUCCAAUGAAGGCGUGGUCGCCCCAAAGCUACAAGAGCACCUCGAGUACGUCCUGGUUGGUACAAACUGCAUUGCCCAUUUCGACCAUGUCUGGGCCAAAACGCUCAAGAUUGGAGGGAGCAAACCUCAGACGAAUGACAUGCGGUGCAAACCUUAUCCAGAUUCGAGUCUCAUGGCAGAGCUGUGGGAACAGGUCGGCUCUAUUGUGAAAGACCUGCGUGAAGAUCCAUUUUGGGGAGGCCCCGGAGAGGGCACUGCAACAUACAAAGAAGGCACGGAGGAAAAAUCGCGCAUCAAGAUUCUGGAGAAGGUGAUGAAGGAGAACUUAAACAACCGGAACGGUUUUUGGCACUUCGGGCACCACAACGAGCUUGCGGACCUCGGCUGGUCGCCGGGCCCAGGCGAGAGUCGCAAGGGAACAGAAAUGAAUGCCGAGGACCCGAGCGUCGUUUUCACCGACUGGGCCGGGCCUCAAUCUGGCAACGUCGCCAGUUACAGCUAUGUAAGCAAAUGCCGCGAGCGGGAGUUCGGAGGAAACAACUUAGACACGGACGCGUUAACCCAAAACCUGGCGCGACGAGCUGCGCGUGAGAUCGUGGCGCACACAUUGAUGAUGGGCGCUCAGGAGCAGUCGACGCCUCAGGAAAAGCAGGCGUCUGCAGGUGAAGGAGCCGAGCAAGAAUCGAGUGCCCCAAAAUGUGUGGUUCCUCACAUCCACGGCGUGAUUGUGGAGCCGAAAUCGCUUUUAUGAAGUCGAGGAAGGGUUUUCUCUUUCGCAGUGCGUGCUUGUCUGUACGCGAAGCCAUUGUAGUUGUCUCACGAAGAAUAUUAGAUGUCGAAAUCGAAGCGGUUUCGCGUUCUACGCCUGCCGCUAACGUGCGCAGCGAGAUAAAACUCUUCAGCAUUUGCAUAAAGAGACGGGAAACGUGCCGAGGCGGUCUGCAUUCUGAUGGACAAGGGAUUCGAAGUCACGAACGGGUUAUUAUUGCCGGAGCGCAGCGUUUCUGUCGAAUCGAUGCCGCACUACCAUAUCGACUCGCCGCACGAUUUCGUUACGAGGAUGUUUCAAUGCCUUGAUCGGUAUUAAAUCUCUUUUCUUUUCGCUUUACGCAAGUUGGUAGUAGGUUCUUUGAAGCUUCUAUGUUUUUGCUUUUUUUCGCAGCAUAACCGCAGUGUUUCUUCUUCCAGGAAGGAGAUGUUACAGGAGGAUUGGAAUAGUUCGCCAUAACGAAACAAAGAAUAGCUCGCGGAGGUCUUUUGGCCUCCGGCCAGCGAUUCUUGCUUCGGUCUACUUUCUGGUGCGACUAUGGAAACUCGUACAACGCCGAGGCCUUUUGCCCUAGAGGCGCGUUCGCGCACUAUGUUAAACAAAAAGGAGAGUCGCUACCGAGAUGAAGCAGUGAACUCGCGCUCUUCUUCUUAUCACGUGAUAAAAUGCUCGCAACAGGACCCGCCACUUGGGAAUCAUACUGGGUAACGUGCAACCAGACGCUUUUCGACUAAUGCCUAGUGGAGUAACGGCUCUAGCGGACUUCGGUUCAGCUCGCACGCUCUUGCUGAAGGAAAACCCAGGCGAGGUUCACGGGCUGGAAGUUUGGCAAGAGAUUCCCUCUGCGAAAGCGCUCGCUGGCCCGGCAAACUUUCCGUUUGCUGACCCUGCCGCACUUGGCACGUACGUUCCAAAGCUGAAUCAUGGAGCUGAAUUGUUGGCACCAGCGGACGCUGAAAACGGUGAACCGCUGGGCGCGAAACUCACACGGCUGUGCACGCAUGACGCCAAGCUUCACCCGGCCACUGACCUGUACGGGCUGGCCCUAACAGCGUUCAAACUUUUUGGGGAACUACCAAAUGAUCCCCUGGCCUGCGUGGGCCGGGCGCUGGCGCCGGACGAGGCGCACUUAAAUGCCGACUUUCACAGGGGUCCGGCAGUCGACAAUAUUUUGAAGCGGAUCUUGGCAGGCGAGGAAAAGGUAAAAUGUUAUGGCGGCCUUGCCCCGAGCGAUUUCGAGUUCAUGGGGCCGGAAGGUUCUAGCGCGUGGCCUGCCGGCUUUGCGAUGUUGGUUCGAAGUGUGGACCGGUCGUUUCCACACAGCGGCCAUGCAAGCGAAUUGCAACUUCGCGAAAGCGUUGCCCGCGUGCUCAAGCCCCUGGUAUUUGCGAAUCCGCAAACGCGGGUUGUGCAUCUCGAGGCCGGAUAUGAUGCGAGGAUGCCUGCUGCUGGGAUCAAAGACGACGAGAAGGGCGCUGCGACGCGGGAAUGGGAUAUAGAGCACAACAUUGCAAAGCUGGUGAAGGCUGUCUCCGUUCGCGAAACCCAUAAUCUGCACACCCGGUUUGAACACAUGGCGGAAGUACUGAGCCGUAAACUGCCAGAGAAUCUGGAUGCGCUUUUUAUGGAUUGGAAGACCUUCGGCGCUGCGUGGGAGAAGGAGGAGGGGGAUGCGAGUAAACAUUUUGGCCACACGACCAUUUGGAAAAAGAAGAACACGCCCGGGGACAGCGCGCAGUCCGGACCUGUCGAGGGCUUGUUGAAGUGCGUGUCCGUAGCCCCGAAACCACAGGACGAAGGACCCCACGCACGGAUCACAGAACAGACGAGCACUAUGCCAGUCCAUGUCGCGGAUUUCGGGGCUGUAGCCUCCGAGUUUUUUAUUCAUUUCUUGCUCAGCGAGCGGAAGGAAAAGGAUCUCUCGCCCGCCGAACACUCUUGCGUGCCGAUGGUGAUGCAGAUCGUUGACAAGAGCUACGACGAGAAGUGCUUACUGAUGGAGAAGGUCGAGCCCCUUUCACGCGAUCUAGACGGUCUCCUUUUGCUGGCUGAGCCUGGCGUUCGCGUUGUUGAUUUUGCUACGCGCAUGGACACUUGUCUGAAGAGGCUCAGCGAGUUUCGCGUCCGACACAACAACCUCGGCCCCGACUCUCUUGGCAUCCGGUGGCAGGGAGACGGGUCAAGCAAAACCCCGCAGUUUGUCCUUCUGAACUUUGACCAUGCUGACGUUCUUGCGCCUGUUUCUCAGGCGGGCUCCUCCGGACCAGUUACAGCUGCGGAGGAGUGGGAAGUCGUCAUCGGGGGGAACGCAAAAUUUCCGCUAAAGUCGGCGUACGCCGACCAAUCGCAGCGCCCGGGGAUCUCGGUGGUGGUAAGAAGGAAAAGGAGAAGGCCUCUUCUGUCCCCAUGCUUGUAAAUAUUGUGAACAGGAGUGAGUGAUUGAAAGUCCGGCUGAUUCAUUACGAAAAUCAACCUCCAGUGAGGGCACUGCGCCGCUUGGGAAGGGGGCGAUGUGUAGCGAAUAGACAAGAGCUGCGACGUGUAUUGCUAGCGUGCAUGAGGAAGCCGGGGGCGGGGCGCCUCUCUGCUUUUUCCUUUCAUAAAGCAUCCGCGCGGGCGGCGACGGCGGAACGGGUUCUCCACAGUGCGCAGUGCGUUCGCCACGGCUGGGGGCGGAUCGAUUUGGGCUGAGCAUCGUAUGGCAAAAAUACAGAACUGUAGUCCCUUCCGGUGCAGCCUUUGGUCUGUUCUCGAGGCAAACUGAAUAUCGUGUGUAUACCGCGGGCGCUGACUAAAAAAGGCAGAUAAUGUUUUUUUAUUUUACGAGGGCGGAUAGGCCACCCACCAAGCUAUGCAUACAAAUUGGUGAAACUGAAAGCCAGGCUUGCCGCGUUUUCAACAACUAGCGAUACUGGCACUUCCCCGCAGGUGAGGGACCAGCCGCGUUGGUAGCACCAGAGGCGCAGGGGGUAUUUUUGCCUUUUACACGAGACGACGUUGGAGCUUUUCGGUUCUGGAAAUGCAGCGAGGGAUUCACAUUUGAAGUGCGUUGUCAAUCCGCUAGAAGCACCAGGGGAAGGACGAGCGCCACCUAAAUGCUUUGGCAAAUCUACGCCGCUUGUCCUUGCCCCGUCAGAGCCGCCUGUUUUGCCGGCAGCUCCGCCAGAGUCGCGCUGGUGCCUUUCGGCGUACGAUCCUCACAUCUUGUUUCAUGAGAAGGAGCACGACUUGGACUUCGGCGCCAAAAAAUUGGUGGAACGACUCGUAGACGAGCACCAGAAAAAGGUCGAAAAUACAAUAAUGGAACGUAAUAAAGAAGUCGACGACAUUUUCGCCUUGAUUCUAUCCCCGCUCGUGCUACCAGACCCUGCGUGGCGGACUGCGGAUGCCAUCGAUAUAGCGGCCGGCGGCGGGAGGGAUCUGGCCGCGCGCGCUGGCCUGAGCGAGGAAGAGCGUGCGUUUACACAGCAGAAGCUCAGAAAUUUGCACGUCGCGGGCAGCAACGUCGCCACCCAGCAGGUCACAAAUAACAACUCCAAGCUGGGCUCCUAAUUGCUAUUGUGCGGGACAAAGGCGCGAGCGUGUGUGCCAAUUAUUUACUCAUUUUGCAAUCGUUAAUUUUUUAGUUUACACGACGAUCCAGAAAGGGUUUAGAUUAGGUUUCAGGGUUUAGGACGCAAUUUUAGUUUACACGACGAAAGCCUGUAGCUGUAUUUUGAUUUUCAAAGAGUAUUUGCGUUGCGCAGCGUUUAUAUUUUCCAGCCACAAAAAUAAAAAUGUAAAACGCGCAUAGGCACAUCUCUUUGCGGUAGAUGUAUUUGUUACUACUUGCAUUGCGUUUGACAUGUUUUCGGUCGUUUAUUGUUGUACCCGGUAGAAGUCGUGCAUCCCUUUUUGUUUUUCACAGUCGCCCGUUUGCAGUUUCUGUUUCGCCCAACUUGUUUGUGCGCCAAGGUCACCAGUGAUUCACUUUUUCACAUGCGCACACUUCCAGAACGACUCGCAUUGAUCUCAGCCGAAACGAACCCGACGCAUUAACAUUAUAUCUCGACAAUACGCACAUCAUACUUAAUUACUAAAGCAGCGUUUUUUUCAAUACUUCAUAAACACCACAACUCUGGCAGAUCCUGUUUUUGUUUCACUUGAUUCUGAGCAGUAUCACGGCAAGCGCGGUGCCAGUUCGCUAGAGGUACUUUGCAUUUCAUCAGGAUUCACAAAAUUAAUACUAGCUAAACUAUUCUUCC